GGCCUAGCGGUUUGAGCGUUCGCCUUGGGACCCUGGGGAGCAGGGUUCGAAACCCAACGGGUGACAUUGGCUCGAGGCUGAGGGAGGGAGGGAGACGCAUUGAUACAAGUUAAUUAACAAACAAAAGACACCACCAUCUUAGCUUUGGUGGAGCAUUCCCCCACCCUUAGGACUACAUUUCCCAGAAGGCGCUGCGUCCUCCGAGUGUUGCGUUCCCUGUGGGCGGGGCCAAGGCGGCGGCUGGUGCUGCUGUCGCCGUGGCAGCGGAGGCCGCGCUGGAGGGGCUCACCUGGGCGCAGGAGACGGAGAAGAAGCCGUAAUGGCCAAAGACAUCUUGGGGGAAGCAGGACUCCACUUCGAUGAGCUGAACAAGCUGCGGGUUUUGGACCCCGAAGUGGCCCAGCAAACGGUGGAGCUGAAAGAGGAAUGCAAAGUAUUUGUAGACAAGAUCGGGGAAUUUAAAAAAAUAGUGGGCAACCUCAUGAACUCUGGAUCAACAGCAAAAGCGACUGAAAAUGAGAAAAUUAAGGCCAUCGGUGCUCGCAACCUGCUGAAGUCGAUAGCAAAGCAAAGGGAAGCUCAGCAGCAGCAGCUCCAGGCCUUAAUAUCCGAGAAGACCACGCAGCUUGAAAGGUACCGAGUCGAGUAUGAAACGUUGUGCAAAAUAGAAGCGGACCAAAAUGAGUUCAUCGACCAGUUCAUUUUCCAAAAAUAGGGGAGACCUUAAGACCAGGAGGCCUCAAGCCAUUCCAGAAGCCCAAACGUUCAGCAAUGGCCAGCUUUGAAACAUUGCAUAGAACCAGACCAAAGUCACCUCUCACCAGACGGAAAGAAAGAUAGCUCAGAGCCCCUUUCCCUGAACUGGCACUUUUUGGAAGUUGGAAUAUAGUUCCCAUCAUCCCCAGCCUGUACGGACCUUAGCUGGGGUGUUGGGAGCUGUAGGCUGAAGCCAUCUAAUGGGCACCAGAUUUGGGGAGGAAGGCUCAUUUAGAGCAUUAUUGUUGAAGGAGUGUUGAAUUUGUUAUGGAAUUGGUAAUAUUUACUAAGAGUGUGUGGACCGGAGUGCGCCUCUUGUAUUUUUAUGUAUUUUUGAAAAACACGUAACCGUUUAUAGCAACCUUUUGAACCACCAGACUGUUGUGUAUUUAUGCAAUCCCCUCCUCCCUACUUUUUUAAGACAACAAAGAGAAAAAAUACUUUCAAGGAAAUCAGCAAAUAAAUAUUUUUUUUUCCUUUU